AUGAGUAGAGAAGAAAGAUUGUUAGCUUUUAUAUAUGAAGUAUCAACUGAAGUGAUGGAAAUUGAUAGCAAUUCAUCAGAAGUUCAAAGAUAUUUAUCAGCUGGUAUUUCUUUAGCCAUAGCAAAGGAUAAAAUUAAAAAGGUUAGAAAAAUGGUUAAAAUUUUUAGUGAUGAUCUAUCUAGAAUUCAAUUUGUUUAUUCAUUUUCUGUAGAUCAGCUCUCAACUUUUAAUGAAGAUAAUAUCAACUUUAUAAAAUUAAAAUUACCAAAGCCUGAGACGUCAUGA